AAAUUUUCCUCCUUUUUUUCUUCUAUCGAUCUUUUGGCAAAUGAGCGCAUUUGUACUCGUAAUUGGGAUUGCAGGGAUCUUCAUAUGGUACUGCUUUUGCUUUUCAAGACUGUUUUGUCGAUCUUGUCACCGUUUAUCACCUGUCUGAUUUUCAACUUCUUCUUUUUUUCAUGCCUAUCUUUCAUUCCUUCUUCUUUCUACCUCCCCCCACUCAAAAGAUCUGAGAUGAACGUUCAUCUCAUCAACCUGACUGAAAUGGCCACCUUUAUGUCAUUUUGGGCUUCAUUCGUGUAUAUUGAUAUAUGAUCCAUUUUUUCAAUUAUUGACUUGUUUAUGAUGAUGCUUGAAU